CUCUCCAGUCUUAGAACCUAAAGAAGAUAAAGUAUUAUCUCCAAUACAAGGAAAUAGCUCUGUGAGUGAAUACAUUAAAAUGAUUAAGCUAUAUGCUAUUAGCGUUGGCAAGGAUUUAGACGAUAUAGAUGUUAAAGAAAAAUUUCUUGUUGGAUUAUCACCUGAUAAUGAAAAGCGUGUAGAAGA